AUGCUGAAUGAAACCUUCAACAAGGAGGAAGACAAUUCCAAAUUAAUUUUGGAGAUUGAAGAUCAACUAGAACGAAUAAUGGAGCAACUAAAGCAACAACCACCGGGAAAACCUUCACACACUACCCAAGUAAAUGAGGUAAGUUUUCUAUGCAUUAAUAGCAUUAUGGAUAAUCCUACACCACCCGAACUUGAGGUUGUGGUGGAGGAUGAUGUACCUUUAAUUGAUAAUGAUACCCAAAGUAUGUUUGAAAUCAAAGAAGUUGUAAUUGAAUUGGAGAAGUAUAAUAAAGCGCUUCAUGAGUUAGAAGCGUCCAAAGUUGGGGAGAGGUUUGUUGCGGCUAAUACCAUACCCUACCCAACAACUUUUAAAAAAAAAACCGACCCACAACUUCUUCUGAUGGAGUCUAAAAUAUUGGCCAAAUACAAACAACCAAGUAUAAUCAUUGAUCAUCCUUUUUUGGAAACUAUAUAUGCUCAUAUUAGUUGUCAGGAAGGUGUGAUAAAUGUGACAUUUGUAAGCCAUAAAUUGAGAGUCCUAUUCUUUGGACCUACCAAUGAUCCUCCAAUUAGUGGUGACCUGGUUUUAAUUAAUACGAUCGAUGAUUAUGUUUAUGAGCAUACCGCAAAUAUGCUCAAUGGCACCGCCCACAAUUUGGAGAUAAUUUUAUCAAGUAACAGGUCAAAAGCAUCAGAUGAUUGCAUGAGUUAA